UCGAAGAAGCUGCAACGGCGACAGGUCAAAUUCCUCAUCUCGUGCUCGCUACGACGGCAGCCGUAAGUAUUAAAGCUGGUGUUAAGAACGGGUUUCACAGCAUCAAGAAAGUCCACCACCAUCGAUGGAGGCGACGAGAGGCGAGACGAAGAAGAAGGCAGUGGAGGAUAGGGCGGGGGAAGGGGAGACAAAGGGCGGGUGGCCGAGAGAGGUCUUCCCGGAGCUGUGCUCACCGGCACCCGUCCGGCUUACGGUCUGGUGCAAGUCACUCCUCUUCAACAGCCACGGGUACACCGUGUACGACGACGCCGACGGCCGGAUGGUCUUCCGGGUCGACAACUACGCCCACAACUGGAAGCAGGAGACGGUGCUCAUGGAUCGCGCCGGCCAUGUCCUGCUCACCAUCCGCCGCUGCCGCAAGAUCUUGAACUUGACAGAGAGUUGGGAGGCCUACAAAGGAGACAAGGAUGUCCAAAGAAUAGUGAGAGAGCAAAGACCGCUGUUCAAAGCCACAAAGGACUUGGGCAGCCCUAGUUGCACCAUAUCGAUGUUCCCCGAAGAUGGAGUGAAGCCUUUAGGCUAUCGCAUGAGCUGGUCUCGCGAGAAGGAAUGGUCCAAGAUCUAUCAGGCCGCCGCAAAUGCUCCUGUAGCUGAGAUUGGCAGAAAAUACGGUUCGAUGCCGAUGAAAUUACUGGACAAAGAUGUUUUAGCACUGAGAGUGCAGCCUGGGAUGGAUCAAGCUCUUGCGAUGGCAAUGAUUAUGAUCACAAAUUCAAUGAGGUAAUGGAGCCAGUGGAUCAUUAUGCGGUCAUACUCUUUCAAGUCGUAUGCCUGAGAUGGAUUAAGCAGGCAGGAGCAAUGUGUAUAGUUCAUAUUCUACAUGAGGAUGACUUCAUGAACGAAACAUUGUAGUUACAACAGUAAGGAAUUUGUGUUCAUUUGUUAGUGUUAUACGUACAUAUAUACUACACCUUCUUUCUGAACUUUUUUUCUUUUUUAUGAGGUUUUGGUAUACAAUCAAACUAUUUCAUGGCUUAUGAACUCUAAAAGAAUGUUUUCCUUCCCAAAACGAAAGUCGAGUACUGUAGCUUUUCUAGAGUAAGAUUUCCAUGGAUGCCUGCUCCAUGUGAACGCUUGGUUACCAUGCAUUCAUGGAAAGGGAGAGAUAUAUAUGAUUUUGAGAUGCCUGAGAGGAGUCGAUUGUCGACGGACCAAAAAAGGGUUCUUCAAAGGCGACUACUUGCUAUACAUAUAUAGAAGGUAUCGAGUGAGCUAAACACGAGAACGAAAGCUAAACGACAGACUUUCCAUGCACUCGUACAGUAUUGUCUGUAGUACAACAGUGAAAUGGAAUAGAUAGAGGAUUCAUGUAACAGCGAAUACAGUUUCUGAACAAGAAGCAAUAGCUUUUGGUGCUCUCUGCAUCAGCUGAUGGCCUCGCAUGGUUGAACAAGUCACGGGCAUGUUUUGGUUGCUCCUGCCUGAGAAGUAGCCAAAGAGUCGAUGAUACUUGCAAGUAACAGUUGUCAUGUGAGGAAAUAAACCGGCCCUCAAGAAGAAGUUGACAAGUGGAUUCUCAAGUCAA